GACAUUGUGAGUUAUGUAACUCAAGUGAGGUUAAUAUAAAGCGUAUUAUUUUACAGAUUGAGUGCGUGUAUAGGUAAUUGAACCGAAGAACUCGCGCUCUAUAGCAAUUAAAGCUAGCGACUUAGAUAUCGCGCUAGUUAUUAUGCUUUGCAUACAUUACCAAAUGGAUUAAUUGAAAUUAAACAACAUUUUUUUAUGUGAUUCUCUGUAUGAGAGCUUUUUGUGUCGUAUUAUCAAAAAUAGAAUAAAAAAUAUCGACGAACCAACAUGCGAAAUAAUAGAUUUGCUAGCAAAUUGCAAAAUAACGACCGAAGCUGACGACGAUCGUUCAGAAGUUGAAUACGCCGAAAUACAGGAAAUGGGAACUUGGCAUUCCACACCGCUGGCACAUAGGCAUAAACCUAAAAUAUCUUUGACAUGGGUGCUCAAGGAUAAUAUUAAAAAAGUCGAAAAGAAGAGCGAUGAUAAAAAGACUUUCAAUUACGCUGAAAGACCAAAAUCGAAAUGUGUUGACAAAAUGUAUGCCCAAGAAAGAGUGGUUGGACGUAACGAAUAUUAUCAUAAUAUGAGAUUUAAAAGCGCUUGUGACGAAUUUAAUGGUGAAGCCUCGUAUUCAGAUACGAGUGUAGGAUCAGACGAGUACGUAAGAAGAAAACAUAGACACAGACAUCGGAGAAGAAAGAAAAGUAACAAGUUUGGUUACGAUAUAAGAGAUCUCGACACGUUUUUGAGUGAGGCCUCUAUUGAUCGUCCAGGCAACAUUCCUGUAGUCAUAGCUUUUCCAACUACCCUCUAUCAGACACAAAAAGGUCUUCAGCGCGAGCUUAUCCUGCCCUUAGGAACGGUCGUUAAUGCUGUUUUUAAGAACCAGCAAUGGCUCUAUACCCAGACGCCACAUGGGGACGAGGGCUAUGUUAUGUACAGUUCUUGCCUUCCUUUGGGAAUACUACCAAAUAGGUCGUCUCUUCAAAAGAAAAUGCCAUGUUGGGAAAGCAGUACCGAUAUAUACCCGCGUCCUUGUGGCAAUCUCACAGAUAACGAAAAAGAACAACUCCGCAGCAGAACUCGUUCGGAAAGCAGAUAUCGUCCUAGAAGUCGCAGACACAAAAUGUCUUGUGCCGAAAAGGAUUUCGACAAUUUAUAUCUCAAAACUAAAUCUGUAUCUUCGAACAUUGAUAAGAUUCAAAAUACAGAGAAUUUUGACGUUAAAGAAAAGUGCGAAAGACAAACUUUGCUGGUCGCAAACAGUGAUUAUAAAGGUGAAAUAUUGAAUAGAACAGUGUCUGUGAAAAAAGGGGAAGUAGUUGUGUUAAUGCAAAGUGGAGGGGAGACUGACGUUGAUUUAGAAUGGUUUUAUGUGAGAAAGAAGGAUGGUAAUCAGGGAUUUAUACCGGCUGCUGUGGCUGGCCAUGGUUACAUAUAAACAUUUUGUCACACCAUUAUCGUAUCUAUAUAUGUUCAAGUUAGCCACACAUGAAAUGUCAUACAACCCGGCCACGUAUUGCUGUAACUGCUUAUACGUUGAAUUAUGUAAAUGUUUACCUUAAAACCUCCGAAACGAGCUGACUGUACAAACUUUACCUCAAAAUGUACAAUGGGUUUUGCGUGAUGCGCGUUCAAAAAAAACAGCAAGAAAAUUGUAAUAGAAACUUAUUCAAAAAAAUCUUUAAUUGUAAUCAUUUUUUGGCUUGUAAAUAUCCUAUCGAAUAUUACGAACAAAUGUUAAUUUGUUUGAAAUGCGAUAAAUAUUCUUCAUUGAUAUGUCAUCUUAAUUUGAACACUGAGU